AAAAACUUUAACUAAACAAAACUAACAGUUGAGAUUGACUAAAGACAAAAUGUCAGCGAGCAACAACCAAGCUGACUCCAAACCUAAAACCUAUCCAGAGGAUUCCAAAUGGGGUAUCCGUAAAAAGGUUUGGGAUAAGAUCAACAAUGAAAAACUGGCCAACUUUCCACUUCCAGUUUAUCAUCGUAUCCCUAAUGUAAAGACGUCCGGUGAAGCGAGUAGGAAAGCAGCAGAGUUGGAUGUUUUUAAGAAUGCUAAAGUGAUCAAGAUUAACACCGACAAACCCCAAGAACAGGCUCGACUUUCAGCUCUUCAGGCUAAUAAGACCGUGUUAGUUCCCACCCCAGGCAAGAAGACAGGUUUGUUGAGUAAGAUUGUACCACCAGCUGAUACCAAACCAGAUGAUUUGAAACCGUACGCUCAGGCUCUGGGUAUGGGUGAAAACAGCCAGACGUUGGAGUUAGAUGAAGUUUUGAAGAUUGACCUUAUCAUCAUUGGAUCUUGCUGUGUUUCUGAACAAGGAUACCGUCUGGGUAAAGGUGAAGGUUAUGGAGAUCUGGAAUACGCGAUGAUGUUGAAUGCUGGGUACAUCACCAGAAACACGCCAGUCGUAACCAUAGUAGAUGAGGUCCAGAUACAAGAGAUACCAUCUGAUAUACUGGAAGAACAAGACGUGACUGUAGACUACAUUGUCCUGCCUGAUAAGAUCAUUGAGACUAAAUGUCCUAAACCAAAACCAUCCGGAAUAAUCUGGUCUAAACUCACGGAAAGGUAUUUGGAAAGAAUUCCAGUGUUACAGUUGCUAAGAGAAAAGGAUGAGAAGAAAGGAGUAGAUGUAAAACUAGGGGAAGUCGAUCCUGAACCACGACCUAAAUUCACUCCACCAAGGCGUAAUCGACGACCUUACAAUAAUCAAGGUGGAAAGUCUGAGAAAGAGAAUAAUCCUCGACAACGACCUCGUCCUCGACGACGACCUAACCAAACUAACACGUCUGUUUAUGUUGGCGGGUUACCAAGGUCAUUGAGAGUCAGUGAAUUCAAGAAAGAUAUUCAUGAUCGAGAUGUUCAACCCCUGCGAGUUGUUUGGCACGGAAGCAACGGCCAUGCUUUCUUACAAUUCCAGAAACAAGACGAGGCCGAAAGCGCUCUGCAGGCUUUGCAGAAUUUGAAUAUUAAAGGUCGUGACCUUAAGGUCGAGAAGGCAACUGGAGGUCGGAGGUCGAUUUCAGAGAAAACUUCUGAAAGUCAUGAUCAACCAGCUUCAGAAGAUUAAACCAGACGCAAAUUUCUGAAAAUCUUUACAGCAAAUGUUCGUGAAAAAAAUUUGUAAAUAUUUUGGCCAUUAAAAUUGAAACAAAAAGAAGUUUUGUACAUAUUUUGGUUUGAAAAAAUUCUUAAUUGCAGAAGCUUUGCAAACAUUCAAAGUUGCUGGAAAUUUGUGACUUUACUUCAGGCAAUGUUUUGCGGCCAUAUUUACUGUAAAGAUUUUCUGAAUUUGCUGACCAAAAUUUAAAAACAGGCUUCUUCAAAAUAUUUAAUCAUUAUAGUUUCAUGAUCAGAUUUUAAACAUAAAAAUGGCUGUCUGCUUACUUCUGAUUCAAGAUAAAGACUUUUCGCCACAUUUUGACAAUUUGACAAAGGUGUUGAUGAUCAAGUCUAAACUCAGGAUUAACCAGUCAGUCAUUUUGUUAAAAACCAAAUUUCAAUUCACAUUGUGCCUUCAAGUUCAAAUUUUAAAGUUUAAAUAUUUACUUUAAUUCGGGUUAUAUU